AUGGAUCAAACGAAAGUGGUUAAUGAUGCUAUCUCACAAAAACAUAUUCUUACCAAAAUUUUAAAUAAUAUGGAAUCACUAACUGAUAUAGUUAAUUUUGGAAGAACAAAUAAAUUUAUCUUUACACAAACUUCAAAAUGUAAUAUUAGAAAAUAUUUAGAUCUUGAAAUACCUUAUUAUACAAUAUAUGUAACAGUAUGUAAAGAUAGUAAUGAAAUGAAAAUAUUUUGUAAAUCUUCAAAAUUAAUUACAUCAACUAUUGAGGAAGAAAUUAGAAGAUUAAAAGGAAUUUCUCUUGAACAUGUAGAAAAGACAUCAAAUAUAACAAUUUGGUUUACAGGUUGGAAUUUUAAUAUGACAAAAGAUAAAGAAGAUUUCAUCAGUAGUAGUUGUGCUUCAUUUAUUGAUUUUUUAUUUCAGAUAUUUGUUAAUUCUUUUACCUUACGAUUACAUUUCUCAUCUUCACCAUCUAUAAGAUGGUUUCAAUUAUGUAUUAUUAAAAAAUUAACAAGUUCUAGAAUAAAAAUUAUUAAAGGAGUAACAAUAGAAAGUAUUCUUAAUUAUUUAGAUCAAAAUGAAAUAUUAAAUGAAAAUGAUAUAUUUGAAAAGAUAAAAAAUUUAAAAGAAUUUUGGUUACAUUUAGGAACUGAAAGAAUAAAAUUUAAAAAUUAUACCUUAAUAGAAGAUAAAUUAUCAAUAUUUUUUAAAUCAUUAUCAAAAAAGGAUAAAUGUAUAGUAACUUUAUGUAAUUUUACCAAUGCAAAUAAUAAUGAAAUAUUAAUAAAAUUUAUAUCAUUAUGUGAAAAAAAUAAUAUAAAUGUUAUUAUUGAUGAUUUUCCAAAUACAUGUUUAAAAAGUUUAAUCAAAGGAAAGUAUAAAGAAAUAAACUUUAAUAGAAGUAAUAUUAUUGGUUUAAAAAUAAAUAUUAAAAGUGAAAAACAAUGUGAACAGUUAAAUGAUCUUUUUAUUUCUAAUAAUAAUUUAAAAAAUUUACAUAUUUUUAUUAAAAGAAGUUUUAUAAAUGAUAUUAUAAAAUAUGGUAAAAAUAUUGAAACAAGAAAAAGAAGAAUUCAUUUAAUUUUAAAUUUUAAAGAAUUAAAUAAAUUAAAGAAUUUAAAAAAUUUAACUAUAUCAUUUGAAUUUGUAGAAAGAGCAUUUUCUGGAGCUAAAGCAUUACAUAUGGUUUAUGAAUUAAUGGGAUUGAUAUGUGAAAGAUUGUCAACAUUAAUGCCUAGUACUAUUAAGAAACUUUAUUUAAGUGAAGUUCCUGAUUUGUCUAAUAAUUGUUUAGCAAGUAUAACAACAAACAUGCCUUUAAUUGAAUGUUUAUUUUUAAAAUUUGUCAAUGAAAUUGGAAGUGAUGGUUUAGAAAAUUUUAAAAAUCUUAAAUAUCUUUAUAUGUGGAAAGAAAUAAGAAUUAAAAUUCCAAAAUGGAUAUAUGUUGUUGUUAUAGAUACAUUUGGUUCACCAUUUGCAAGAAGUAUCAAAAUUAAUCCUGACAAUACAUUGUCUCCAUCACUUCUUCAGGAGGCUAAUGAAUAUUAUAAUAAAUAUAUGCAAAGAACAUUCAAUUCUUCUUUUAGAUACAUCUCACGAUAUGGAAUUAAAUAUAAUAUUUUUUUUAAUGUUUUAUAUGAUUGGAAUUGUUAUCUUUGGAUGUUAGAUGAACUUGAUACACUUUAUUAG